GAGCUUAUAAGCUCCCUCUCUAGUUGUGUGUGUGAUGUUCAUUGCGACCGUAAACGCUGAAUUUUACAAAAUUUAAGAAGUCGUCCGAUGAUGACCUCUUGAGUGUCUUCAGAUUGUCAACAAACAUUAUGUAUACAAUGAGUGCUGAUGCUGAAGAAAUAAACGUUGACAUUAGCAACCUCCAGGAAAUAAGAUGCCCUUGUUGUUGUUCUGCCACGUUUACCUCCGCUGAAAAACUGAGGUUACACUUGGCUGAUGUGCGAAGAAGAAUUGACAAUUUAAAAUGCUUUGCCUGUUCUCAAAAGCUUUACAACUUACUAAAUUAUGAUGACCACUUGAAGAUCUGCAAAUCUGCGUUGCUCGUUAAAAAACGAGUGUUUGCAUGCAGAACUCUAACGCCACAAGAAAAUCAGAAACUCAGUCCAACCCAGAGCCCAGGCUUAAAAGUUGUGAAAAUUCUCGACAACCAGACUAAGGAUGCAUCUGCAAAAUCAUUUAAAAUUGUUACUCCAACUAUCAUUGCUCCAAUGGUGGUCACUGGGAGAAGUGGAAAGAGGAAAAUGGUUCAAAUUUUGAAAACUACAAAGGAGGAAAAGAAGGAUUGUGAAGCAGCUGCUUCAAAGAGACAUAGAACUGCAGAAAUCGCUAAGCCAGAACUAACAGAGGUUCUUCAAGUGGAUAUUUCUAGCGAACAUGAUUAUGAUGUUGGCAACCAAGGCAUACUUGACAGUCCUAACCUGAUCAAAGAACCUGACCGAGAAGAUUCUGCUCCACCUCCUGUUGCAGAUGGUGCUACAAAACCAUCUGAUCCCCCUCCUUCCAAGAUCUUGGAAGCCAGCCCUGUGGAACAGGACACAAAGAUUCUUCUUAAAUGCAGUAAAUGCUGCUUUGCAACAUUUGACGAAAGACUGAAAAAUGCUCACAGAUGCUCAAAGUUGAGUCAACUAGAAGUCCACAUGUUGGAGGAAAACUUGCAUGUACAAAUGGAAGAUACUGACCCCCUCGCUGAGACGGCAUCAUGUUCUGUUUGCAAGAAGUACAUCUGCCAUUCCUUGAUUCCGCUCCAUGAGAUAAUUCAUGAUAAAGGAGUUCCAAUCAUCUACUGCGACCCCUGCGGAGCAGCCUUUUUAAGCGAAGAAUCGUUUAAGAGACAUAUUGAAAUCUCAGGUCACAACCAUGAAGAGAAAAAUGUUGCUGAAGAAAUUCCAGAAGUGGUUGUGCUUAUUACUGAAAUGAAGGACCCCAUCCCAGACGCUUCAGUCAAAGAGGAGAAAAAGAUUAUCAAAAUCUCUUCUACAAAGAUUGAUUGCGCCUUUUGUGAGGCAAAGGAGCUCACUAUAUCAAGCAUGGGAAAGCACUUCGCCAAUGCACACACCGAUGUGGAGAAAGCCCUAAACGAAACACCUGAUGAGUCUGAUGUUUGCUUGUCACACUGCAAGAUAUGCAAAGAAGACAUCAAAGACGUAUCCCUACACAACAAAUUGCACAAGAGUGGCUUGAAGAUUUUUAAAUGCGAACACUGUCUCAAGAAACUUGUUUCUCGAGGUAGACUUGUCAAUCACCUGAGGACCAAACACGAUUUGGCAAUUACUGUCAAGGGCGGACACACCUGUCCUGAUUGUGGGAAGUGUUAUCAGAGCAGCAAAUCGUUACUCAUCCAUGCGGUUGCCAAGAAUCACGCCCCGCAUCUUGUCAUGGGCAAAGCUAUUUCCCACUGCAUUUAUUGUAAGAAACGUUUUUUGCGCAAGGGAGAUCUACGGACGCACCAGAACAUACACAAGAAAAACGGCGAUGCGGUGCUCUUUGAGGAAGAAGUACCAGUUGUUAAGAAAAAGACGGUCCCUAAAUGCAACGUCUGUGACAAGAAAUUUAAAUCGAAAAUAACUGCCGAGGUCCAUGCGGUCGCUAUGGGCCACAUGAAGGGCUAUGAAUACAUUGAGCCGUUGACGUGCACCAUCUGCCAGAAACAGUUUGCCAAGAAGAAAGAAUUUGACAGGCAUGUACAAAAUCACAAGAAAAAAGGAAUCGAAACCCAGGAAACAAACUGCGACAUUUGUGGCAAGGAGUGCUCCACAGUGGCCAAUCUCCAGAGGCACGUAGGGAUCCAUUCCAAGUUUUCUUGCGUGCAGUGUCGUUUGCGGUGCUCCACUGAGCAAGAAAUGCUGCAGCAUGUGGCUGAAAAGCAUCCUGAACUUCCAGAGCUUCUCAAGUGCAACUUUUGCACGCAAUACUUCUUGGAGAAAGAGGCGUUGAGAGUACACUGCCAAUCUUUGAAUCACAUCGAAGCCCAAAUGAACGAGUCAGUGUCGACGUCAUUGGAUCUCUACUUCUGCGAAUCGUGCGAAGAGAACGUGAACCUCGAUAUGAAGGAAGUGCACGAAACCAUUCAUAGGAGAGGCGUGGGCAAGUUCUUCCGGUGCAGUGGGUGCAGCAAGAUGUUUUGCUCUACCUCCAACCUGGCCAUGCACGUCAAGGCAGAGCACAAAAAUGCUGAAGGUGACCUCACGUUCCAAUGUCCGUUGUGCUUGAACGUCUUCGACACCGUGAAAUCGCUUAGCUCUCAUCACCAAUCGCACCUCUCACUGUCGGAAGGGGCGAGACACCUCAAAUGUACCUUCUGCAGCAAGACCUUUAGGCGCGCUGGUGACCGGCACAAACACGAGCUCAUCCACAAGGGCAUUAAAAAUCACCAAUGCACAUUAUGCCCAAAGUCAUUCCGACUGGCUUACAUGCUCGUUCUGCACAUGCGGACGCACACUGACGAGCGGCCAUACCCAUGUUCCGAAUGCGGCUUGGCUUUCAAGUCAAACAGCAGUAUGAGGAACCACAUGAGAAGCAAACACAGCGAUGAGAGGACGUACCUUUGCACUUACUGCCCAAAGGCAUUCAAGACGAGAGCGGCCCUGGUCGCACACAUUGGGUCCCACGAGCAGCUCUUCAAAUGCGAUGACUGCGGACGCACAUUCCCGACGAGACAUGCUGCCAUUUGCCACAUAAGGAAACUUCACCUGGACAAGAACAGAGAACUUUUCCAGUGCGUCAUCUGCAACGUGGUCUAUGGGAGGGCUCUGUUCCUUUCCAAGCACAUGAAGACUCACGCCAAGCUGGACGGGAGAGAUGACCUCGUGCAGAAACUUAUGGAAGUGUCACAUGUUUCAGAACAAAAAGAGUCAAGUAAUUCAUGCUCUCAAAUCCAAGCUACCAAGCGAAAAACCAAGAAAUGACUGGAGUGAGCUGUUCUUGAUGCCAAUAAAUGCAAAGCUUUCAUUGCAAAUGUUUAUAAGAA